GAAUCCAUUAUUUUUACCGUUCUCCGUAUCGAAUUAUAAUUUCUUCCUUAUUUCCCACUUUUCCUUGGUAUCGAUUCCCUCGCAGAAAAAUAUCACCGGUCUAGAGAAAAAUUGCCCUAUCAAAACUUCAUCACAAUUUCACUUGUGAGUGUUGGUACCUGUUAAUUAUUUUCAACACCGACGAAAUUAUGUCAAGUUCACAUACUUCCCGUGGAAAGUUGAUGUUUGGGUUUUUAAUUAUGAGUAUAUCGAAUUCAGACAAAAAUAAUGAAUUAUUUUAACACGGGAAGGUAUUUGAGGUUGUGUAUCACAGUCGCAAUAUUUUUUUUAUUUAGUCGGGAGAUAUAUUUUUCACAAGUUAGUUGAAAUGUAGGUGAUGUGCGAAUUUCAAUAUAUGUGUGGUAUUUGUUGCAAUAUAAGUGAUAGGAGGAAUUCAACUGUAUUUUUCGUUUAAGGAGUAAUGGCGACCAAUUACGAUGGAAAUAAUUCACCUUCGAGUCAGAGAGGAUCAAACAUUCCUUCACAUCGUUCUUCGCUACGUACUCCUAAAAGACAGCGAUUUCAGGAAGAACGGAACCCAGAUCUAUCAUGCCCAAUUUGUCUGAAUUUGAUAGAAGAAGCCCAUAUAACCAAAUGUGGCCAUACUUUUUGUUACGAUUGUAUUGUCAAGUCGAUAGAAUCUUGCAAGCGUUGUCCCCAAUGUAAUAACUCAAUCACAAGUUUAGAGAUGAUCUUUCCCAACUUUGCACUAAGCGAAUUGAUUAAAAAGCACAAACUUAGAAUUAAUGGAUUGGAAUCUGUAGGUUCGAACCAUAGCUCAACUGAAUUUUCAGCAGAUGGUUUAAGAGAUUUCGUUGCUGCUGAAUCGCAAAAUUUAACACUGCCAGAUGUCAAUGUAAUGUUGGAAGUUUUGACCCAGAGGAAACAGCUACUUGAAGCGGAGUCAUGUGCGGCUCAGAACCGUUUGUUGCUGGAGUUCUUGAGACAUCUGUUGAAGCAGAAGAAAGAACAGCAAGAUCAAAUUGUGAAGGAGAUUGCAAUGAUCGAAGUCGAUGUAGAAGAAGUUAUAAAAAAGUUGGAUGAGGUUCAUAAGAAAUGUCCUACUUUUGAAGAUAUAGAGAGGACUGUGUCGAAUGCCUCUGAGAAUGUGGCACCAGCUGCGGUUAAUGCUAUGAAGAAAGAAAUGCUGAGCUUAAUCGAUAAUAUAUCUACUUCUACAUCUAGCAAUGAUAAAAUCAGUGGGGUUGAUAGUUCGUCUAAUACUAUAAGUAGUUCUUUAGCAGCUAGGAGGAGACGGAUGUAUGCUCAUUUUGAUGAUUUUGUUGGCAGCUACUUCGCAACGAGAUCCAAAGAAGUAUACUUUGGGAAAGAGCACACAGACAAAUCAACUAGAACCAGUAGUGAAUUAAGCAAGGGUUUGGAUGAAUUCAGGGAGAAUCUGAUAAAAUUUUCGAGGUUCAAUUCUUUAGUACUACUCACGUCUAUAGACUACUCCAACAAAAUUUUUUGUAACCCAUCCAUUGUUUCGAGUAUUGAGUUUGAUAAAGAUAAUGAAUUCUUCGCCAUCGCCGGUGUUACCAAGAGAAUACAAGUGUUUGAUUAUAAUUCAAUUCUGAAUGAUACCAUAGACAUACAUUAUCCUUGCAUCGAGAUGGUGUGCAAAUCCAAAAUAUCCUGUGUUAGUUGGAAUAGUUACCAUAAAAGCACCUUAGCAUCGAGCGAUUAUGAAGGUACUGUAACAAUAUGGGACGCUUCAACCGGGCAAAGAACAAAGACUUACCAAGAACACGAAAAACGUUGUUGGAGUGUGGAUUUCAACGAGAUGGAUACUAGAUUGAUAGCUUCAGGCUCCGAUGACGCAAGAGUUAAACUUUAUUCUCUGAACAGUGAACAUUCAAUCGCUACUCUGGAAGCCAAAGCCAACGUAUGCUGCGUGAAAUUUCACCCGAAAAGUUCCCGGAAUCUAGCAUUUGGCAGUGCCGAUCACUGUGUACAUUAUUACGACUUGAGGAACAUGAAGGAAGCUUUGAUGAUAUUUAAGGGUCACAAAAAGGCCGUCAGUUAUGUGAAAUUUUUGAAUAGUGACGAAAUCGUGUCGGCUUCUACCGAUUCGCAACUGAAAAUGUGGAAUAUUAACGCUCCAAACUGCACAAGAUCCUUCGUGGGCCACAUCAACGAGAAGAACUUUGUUGGUCUUGCUACAAACGGUGAUUACGUAGCUUGUGGAUCGGAAAAUAAUUCUCUUUAUGUUUAUUAUAAAGGGUUGAGUCAGAUGCUUUUUAAGUACAAAUUUACUUCUGUGCAAGGUGUUUUAGAACAGGAACGGAGGGAAGAUGAUGUUAAUGAAUUUGUUUCGGCUGUGUGCUGGAAGCAAAACUCUAAUGUUAUAGUAGCUGCAAAUAGCCAAGGAAUAAUAAAUAUACUUCAGUUAGUGUAGACACUUGAUGCUAGAAGUUUUGUGUUAUUCAACUGCGUUGAACUUUUUUUCCCUGAAUCGAUGUGCCCAAGUAUAUUAUUGAUGUUGAAAGUAUUUAUUCCCCUUGCAGAAGGUAAUGGCAAUUCCAUAUCAUUUUUACAAUAUGGAUUCAAAGAAGUUAUUGAGAUAUUCAUUCUAAAUUUACAAAUACUCUCACUUAUCUGUGAUUAAAUUGAAAUAUACAUAUGAAGUACA